GCGCCACGGUCAGCGGUGUGCGCGCGAAGUGAUGACGAGUUUUGUAACUUUGUGCAGCUUUUAAACGUUUAUACCUGAAAUAAACACUCGAGUUAUUAUUUUUUUUCCGUUGAUGCUGUACGAACUAAACAUGAGAGCCGUGUGCUGGCCGGUGUUACUGGUUUCAGUGGCGCUGCUGUGUUUGGACUUUGCGCACGCGCUGGGUCGCAGAGAGAGCACGGCGUUGCUAAGGAGACAGAGACGGAGCGGCACUUCCGGUUUGGGGGACCUCUCUGAGAGGAAGGUGAAGAGGAGUGAGGGGUCUGUGGGAGACACCCCGUGUCUCUCCCUGCAGGGCCACGGAGCCAGGCUGCAGCAGGACACACACACGCGUGUCUUUUACGACGUGUCCGGCUCGGUGUCCCUGGCCUGGGUGGGAGACGGAACAGGGGUGCUGCUGGUCCUCACCACGUAUCAGGCGCCGCUGUUCAUGUUCCGCUUUAGCGAGCCCAAACUCUACAGGAGUGAAGACUACGGGAAGACCUUCAGCGACAUCACGAAUCUCCUGAACAACACUUUAGUCAUGACGUACUUCGGCAUCACCAUUGGACCGGACAGCUCCGGGAAGAUAAUUCUUACGGGUUAUGUGUCUGAGGGAAGAGGUUCGAGAAUUUUGCGCUCGCUGGAUUUCGGGAGGAGUUUCUCUCCCUCUGACUUGCCCUUCCAAGUGCUGACGCAGAUCACCUACAGCCCGGAAAACAACAACGUCCUCGCCGUCAUCAGCACAGUGAACGACCUGUGGCUCUCUAAAGACUUUGGGGCCAAUUGGAGGAGGAUUCACUACACAGUGUGUUUGGCGAAAUGGGGGACUGCUGACACUCUGUUUUUCACCACAAACCCAAAUGGUUCCUGUAGUGAAAGGGGUAUGCUGGAGUUGAGGAAGACCACAGAUUUCGGACGCAGUUUUAAGACCAUAGGCAGCAGGAUUUACUCCUUUGGUCUGGGCGGACGCUUCCUCUACGCUUCCGUCAUGUCCGCCACAGGUUCGAUGCGCAGGAUUCACGUGUCUGUAGAUCAGGGUGAGGUUUGGGACAUGGCCCAGCUGCCCGAUGUUGGACAUGAACAGUUUUACUCCAUUCUGUCUCCCAACCAUGAUAUGGUGUUCAUGCAUGUGGAUGAACCUGGAGACUCGGGGAUGGGCGUGAUCUACGUGUCUGAUAGCCGGGGCAUCGUCUUCUCCAAGUCACUCGAGCGUCACCUUUACACGUCCACAGGCGGCGAAACCGACUUCACCGUCAUCAGCUCACUCAGGGGCGUCUACAUGACCAGCGUGCUGGCACACGAUGGUUCUGUUCAGACCGUGAUAACGUUCAACCAGGGAGGAAAUUGGAGACCUCUGAAGAAACCCCGAAACGCAGAGUGUGACUCGACUGCGAAGGAUCCGAACGUGUGCAGUCUGCAUAUUCACGCCUCCUACAGCACGUCGAUGAGGCUGAACGUGCCGACGCUGCCCCUGAGCGAACCCAGUGCCGUCGGUCUCAUCCUUGCUCACGGCAGCGUGGGGGACGCCGUGUCCAUCCUGUCUCCUGACGUCUACGUGUCUGAUGACGGAGGGUACACGUGGACGUGGGCGCUCAAAGGGCCGCACCAUUACGCCAUCCUGGACUCAGGAGGACUCCUGGUGGCCGUGGAGCACAAUUCCAUCCAGCCCAUCUCGCAGAUCAAGUUCUCCACAGACGAGGGCCAGUGCUGGCAUGUAUAUAACUUCACGGACACGCCCCUGUACUUCACGGGCCUGGCGGCGGAGCCCGGAGCUCGGUCCCUGAGCCUCAGCCUGUGGGGUUUCAGACAGCCGGUGUUCAGCCAGCACUUAGUGUCCAUCACUAUAGAUUUCCACCAGCUGCUCUCCCGAGACUGUGGAGAGGAGGAUUACGUGCAGUGGCUCGCCCACUCUGAUAACACCAGCAACCCUGACGACGGCUGUCUGCUGGGAUAUAAGGAGAAAUAUUUACGGCUACGCAAGGGAUCGGUGUGCCGGAACGGGAAGGAUUUCGUCGUCACCAAGCAGCCCACGCCAUGUACCUGCACUCUGGAAGACUUCCAGUGCGAUUUUGGGUAUUACCGUGCCAUGAACAGCUUAGAGUGUGUGGAACAGCCGGAGCUGAAGGGCCACUCGCUCGAGUUUUGUCUGCACAGCCGGAAAGAGCAGCUCCAAACUAGCGGCUACAGGAAGAUCCCAGGAGACAGGUGUGAGGGCGGCGUCCAGCCAAAGAGGAAGCUGAUCGACCUGAGCAAGAAGUGUGUCAGUAACUUGAUGAGCAUGGAGCUUCUGUCAGAGUCUCUGUCGGGAAGCGUGGCUCCUGUAGUGUCCGUCAUCAUCCUGGUUCUGCUCGCCUGUGGCGUGGCUGGCGUCCUGCUCGUCAAGAAGUAUGUGUGUGGAGGAAGGUUCCUGGUGCAUCGUUAUUCCGAGAUGCAGAGGCACGUGGAGGCUAAUGUCAUUGAAGGCGUGGACGACGUGGACACUACAGAGCCAGAAAAGACACACUACAACGACGACUCGGACGAGGACCUUCUGGCCGAAAAUUAAUUCUCAGGGCGAGUCAGAAAGACGACUAGUGAGCAGCCUGGAUGCAUUGCAGUGCCCUCUAGAGGCUUGUGUGUGUAUGUGUACGUGUCUCUGUCGAUUAUUCACGUGUCUUGGUUAAUUCCUGGCAGGUAAAUGUUAAACCCAGUGUGGGGACGAUGACCUGAACCAGAUUACCGGGACGGGGAAAUGUAGGAGUUUUAUAAAUUAAGUUGUUCCAGCCACUGGACACGAGGCAAUUAUGAUGACGGUUUAAUUUCUUUUUUUUCCACCUCAUUACAAAUUUUUUUUUUUUUUCGGCAGAUAACUGGUUGUUUGCUAGUGACUUUUAUUUUUUUUUUAAAGAAAUGUUCAUUAGUUUAAGACUUAACAACUGGAUUUUUUUUUACAAUUACCAUCUUCAGUAAUGAUGCCUUUUAAAUAGAUAAAUUGAAAAUUCACUAUAUAAGAUUUUUUUUCCUUCUUUAAAAAAGUAGGAUUUAAAAAUUGGUACUAACAUUAGAUCACAUAGCCACUUUAUCAUUGAUCAAACUGUUGUGAUUACAACAUUUAUUAUCAACUAAUUAUUAUUUUUUAAAUUCCCUGUCCUGAGGGGGAAAUUUUUUUUUCUUUUUUUCUUCCUUCUCGUAAAAGGACUGAACAAAUCAUUCACGGGUGAACUUUUUCUUAUGCAACCACCUACAGACUUCAAAUUAUAAAUUAGUUUGGUUUAACCAAGCUUUUUUUUUUUUUUUUAAUUUCUUCUCAAUGUAGGAAAAAAUAAAAUACAAAUUUUUACAUUUGUUAGGGAGUGAGGCAAAAAACUAAAAAAUCAAAUUAAAAAACUCUGCUUUGACUAUCAUUGGAACUGAUAAAAGAUUAACAGGAACGUUGACGUAGACACACCAGUGCCAUUAUUAUUUUUUUUAAAUACAAAUUAAUUAAAUAUUUGUACGUGUACACAUUCAGCCUGAGUAAUUAAAAGCAGUAUUAUAAAGCAAUAACAGUUCACUAAGCUAAAGUCCAAGGAGUGUAUUCAUGUUUUGUACAGACUAGUGGAUAUGUUACGUAACGAUUGUGAUAAUCUGUCUUAAUUUUAAGUCUAUAAAUUGCUUGAAGCUCUCUCCUUGUUACUUCCUUGGACGAGGAUACUUUCACACCUGCACUGUGGGUUAUUACUGAGCUCAUUGUUAUGUAAAAUAAGCUAAAAUCUUUCUAAGCCGUUGUGCACUGGCAGAAAAAAAAAUCUGAUGGCGUAGUAUGGGAUUUAUUUUAAUUUUUUUUGCAUGAUUUUAUAGUAAAGUGAUUUUCUCUAAGCAAUUUAUUAAGUGAAUAAUUAGCAGGGUUUAUACCUUGUGUUUUUACUGCACAAAAUAGAAAUAUAAUUAGUCAUUAUAGCAAUAAUUAAUCUUAACGAUUUUGUCUGAUCAUAACUCCGACACGACGUUGUGUCCUGACAGUAUUGCGAAGCGAUACAGUGCGUAUUUUGCUCAGUAAAGGGUCUCUCUUGUUUCAGAUUUUAUUUUAGUCAGGAAAAAAAAAAAAAAAAAAGCUUACAGGCCAGUCAGAGCGAUAGACUCGAGUGCACAGGUUCGUCAAGAGGGCAUCGGUCCGAUUUAUGAUGUGAACACAGUAUGGUUUAUAGUACUCGUUUUUUUUUUGUUUUUUUUUUUUUCUUAAAGUACAUGUCUCAGGGGCCCGCGGUGUUCACCUUCAGCUUUGAAAUGUGAUGAGAAGAAAAGCGAAAAGACACGAGUGAGUAUCAGUGAGUGCGAUUGCUGAACGGAUCUGUCAUUAUUCAGUAUUUUAGUGCUACUGGAGUAACUGGGAGAAUUUACAGCAUCUGUUUAUGAAUGUACAGGAAAUAGACACAGCGUUUUAAUUCCAGUGCUGUAAAUAAAAUAUGUACAGAUAAGCUACUGUUCAUAACUACACUUCCCUAAAGACUUCUCAAUCCAAGUCUUGGAAACCUAACAACAAAUGUAAAGCCUUGAUUGAGGAAACUUUCAUUGUCCUUAUUGGUUGUUAUUUUUUUGGUUUUUCAAUCAGAAUAAAGAAUUUUAAAUACUUA